UGAUAGCAUUAACAUUACGGAGUAACGAGUUAACGACCAGUCCAUACCAGACUCCCACGAAAUCCCCGACUAUAUAACAGAGUUCGAUAGAAUCCAUGCUUCUUCCUCCCAUUACUCGAUCUUUCUCCUUCUUCCACUCCAGGAGACUAAUUUCAUCCAAGUGCAGAAAUUCACAAAUGGGUCCCGAAAAUCUGAGUCUAAUUGAUAAAAGACAUCGUGCAAGUUUUCGGCUAUGCAACGUUUCAGGUUAUAAGACGGAUCUGCUGGAAAUUCAUGCCAAGGACCCGAAGUUUCAUGUCUUGUUUAUUCCUGGAAAUCCAGGUGUUAUCUCAUUUUAUGUCGAUUUUCUGGAAUCACUCUAUGAUCUGUUGGAUGGAGCUGCAUCCGUGACAGCAAUCUCGCACAUUGGUCAAACAGAAAAGAAUUGGGAGCGCGGAAGGCUGUUUUCACUGCAAGAACAAACCGAUCACAAGCUGAACUUCAUAGAGCAUGAGCUUCAGGAUGUUGAAGUUCCUCUAGUACUGGUUGGUCAUUCUAUUGGCUCAUACAUAUCUCUGGACAUUUUUCGGAGAUUCCAGGAAAAGGUGACAUACUGCAUUUGCUUGUAUCCAUUUCUAGCUGUAAACACCAAGUCUUCAACACAAGCUAUUAUUAAGAAGAUUGCAGUAUCUCGCACUUUAUGUACGGGCCUAAGCUCACUUGCAACAAUUCUGGCACUGUUACCAGCCUGGAUCUCCAGAUUUCUGGUGAAAACAUCUGUGGGGAAGUCCUGGUCCCCACCUGCAGUGGAGGCUCUCUGUAAACAUGUCCUCAGGUACCAUACCAUUCAGAACAUUCUAUACAUGGCAAUGACCGAAUUUGAAAAGCUUUCUGAAGUACCUGAUUGGUCAUUUAUGAGGGAAAAGAAAAGUCAGAUGGCAUUUUUGUUUGGCGUCGACGAUCAUUGGGGUCCCUUACAUAUUUAUGAAGAGAUAUCCAAUAAUGUUCCAGGUGCUGUCCUAGCAGUUGAACGAGGGGGUUAUACUCAUGCUUUUUCUUGCACGGAGGUUGGCUCAUUAUGGGUAGCUCAGCAUGUUUCUGCCUUGAUCAACAAUUAUUUAUCAAAACAUUGAGUCUUGGAAUUUAUGGUGAAAGCAAAUUUGUGUGCAGUAAAUGUUUGCAUGAGGAUUUUUACCUUUUUGUAUAACAGGUCUGUCCGAGCGGGGAACCAAAAUGUAAAGAACCAUAAUAUGUGGAAAACAAACUGGCCACCAUAAUAUAAUAUGUAUAGCGUGAUUAUUCACCGCACUAUACUUUAACGAUAUAUUUGUCCGUUAAGGUAUAGAGCGGUAUUGGGCCCACCGAUAAUUCUUCUGGAGUUAACUGACACAUCAGUAAUUCUACAGGGUAUAACGCAGUUAAAUACCGCCCUAUACGUAAAAGUUGGACCCUUCUGUACUUAAUUGACAGACCAAUAAUUUAACUGGAUAUAGCGCGCAUAUUUAACGCGCUAUACAUCAAUUUUUUCCUUAUUUAAAUAGUUUCAGGAUUUUGUAAUAAUCCAUUCAGAAUCCUUCAAAUCUUCUGAAAUAUUUGUUCGUUAAG